AAUGUUAAUUGGGGGAGAAGAAAACUUGUAGCUUUUGCACUUGCUUUGCUUUUGUGUUCUUCUUCGACGAUUCAAUUCAGAGGCGAUUCACUCUCCGGUGAAGAAGCUUUGACUGGUAAAACUGAAAAAUGUCGCAGUCUUCGAUCGAUGUCCCGCCGAAGGGUGGGUUCAGCUUUGAUCUGUGUAGGAGGAAUGAGAUGCUUGUGCAGAAGGGUCUUAAAGCUCCUUCGUUCCUGAAGACGGGGACAACCAUCGUUGGGCUGAUUUUCCAGGAUGGUGUGAUACUUGGGGCUGAUACCCGGGCAACCGAGGGGCCCAUAGUUGCCGAUAAGAACUGUGAGAAGAUUCACUACAUGGCACCAAACAUAUACUGCUGUGGUGCAGGAACUGCUGCUGAUACUGAAGCAGUAACCGAUAUGGUCAGCUCACAGCUGCGGUUGCACAGGUAUCGGACUGGCCGAGAGUCUAGGGUUAUCACUGCUUUGACCCUUCUCAAAAGGCACCUUUUCAGCUACCAAGGUCAUGUCUCAGCUGCUCUUGUGCUGGGCGGAGUUGAUGUUACUGGGCCUCAUCUGCACACCAUAUACCCGCAUGGAUCUACUGACACUCUACCGUUUGCUACGAUGGGUUCUGGCUCUCUUGCUGCGAUGGCUGUGUUUGAGGCAAAGUACAAAGAAGGUUUAACAAGAGAUGAAGGAAUUAAGUUGGUUGCUGAGGCCAUAUGCUCGGGUAUAUUCAAUGACCUGGGGAGUGGAAGCAAUGUGGAUAUUUGCGUGAUCACAAAGGGACACAAGGAAUACCUGAGGAAUUACAUGAUGCCAAACCCAAGAACGUAUAUCAGCAGCAGGGGUUACACCUUCUCCAAGAAAACGGAGGUUCUUCAGACGAAAAUCACACCAUUGACGGAGCGAGUGGAGGUUAUCGAAGUCGGGGAGGCAAUGGAGGAAUGAACUUGGUCUACACACUUUGCUCCAGAUCUCCUUUUCUGUCUCUGAGGAUGUAUCAAAUAUGACUUCAGACCAUUUUCCGACUUUGCAUUGUUUCAGACCAAGUUUUCUUCCAAAGAGCUUACUAUGACCGAACCAAAGCUCGUUUAA